AUGCACAUAGAUACCGACGUCGACAACGGCGGUCACCGAGAACCCGGCGCCGCAGCGCAAGCCUCCCGAGACGACCAGUCAAACAGCGUGCUGAAUAGCCUCGAUACUCAAAGGGCAGACCUUGUCGGGAAUUGGAUGAAAAGUCGCUUACCUGAGCACGAAAACCUUCCAUCGCAAUCAGUCAGCUGGUGGGACCCAGGGUUGGCAGCAUUACGAAAGCAUAUCUCUAUGAUGUGGUGCAGAAACACUUUCAUCAUCUGUUUCUCGAUGUUCCUCAUCCUCUGCCUUUAUUGGGGCAUUGUGUUUCGCAUCGAGGAAAACCUCACCUCUCUCCUCUGUUUUGUUGUCGAUUUUGAUGGCAAAUCUACUCUCUACAACGGUAUCACGCCUUUAGUAGGUCCGACGGUCACAAAAUUGGCGAACGAGACGCUGUGGAGCCCCAUACCAUCAAUCGGAUAUCAAAUACGCGAUGCAAACGAGUUCGAAUUCGACCCCAUGAAGGUUCGCGAAGCGGUCUAUCACUUCAAGGCCUGGUCAGCAAUCAUCAUAAAUCCAAACGCAACAGCUUUAUUGCAAGAGGCAGUCUCGAUCGGAAACUCUUCCUACGAUCCAACAGGCGCAAUUCAAAUCAUCACCAUGUCUGGCCGAGAUUCAUUUAUGACAUAUAGCUACAUCUUGCCAAGCCUCACGUCCUUCACGUCAAGUUUGACAGAAACAUUCGGCAAAACAUGGGGCGGCAUGGUAAUGGCCAAUGACUCCCUGACAAAGGAGACUCUUCGGCAGGCCGCGAGUGCCGUCAACCCCGGGGUGUCACCUUUGAUGUUAGAUCUGCGGCCGUUCGGCCGCCUGCGGCAAUCCCGGCAGUUACCUUUGGGUUAA